AGCUUUAGUACUAUUCUAACGACGGAGCUCCGUUCAAAGACCCAUACCCUUUAAAUUAGAAAGUAUCGCGUUGGUCGGUAAAUCAAAGUCGCAUAACUUGCUUCACCAAAACAAUUAUUUCAAUGAAAAUCUAUCAUCGAGAAAGGUGUGCCUCCAAGCACUGUUAUCUUUCUUAUCAUGAUCAGAAAUUGAUAAGUAGUUUGUCGGUUGUCGUAGCACUUGCUGCAAUUAACCAAGUGAUUUAUUGACUAAUUGACUGUCGCUGAAGUAAAGUGACAUUUUAAAUCUUUCGGUGAUCUUAUUUGAUUAUUAAAUAAUUGAGGUGAUGACACGAUUGGGGAUUAUCGCUGCCGUCAGUAGCUGCUGCUUAUUGGCAUGUGGCGCGUAUGCACAGAUAGGGAUUCCCAAUAAUUACGUUUGCACGGAAGAUUUUUGUGAGAGUUACCGAGAAAAUACCCCUUGUGAAGCACUGAAGCUUGCAUGCAAAGUGCAAAAUUCGACCCACAACGGAAUUAUACUACCUUCGAUGACUCCAUGUUCAUGUUGUGAGACUUGCAUCGAAAAUCUUAAACUAGGUGAAGAUUGUUCCGUCGGAGGAUUGGGAUCACCAGUUCCUACGGGAAUCUGCGGUCCAGGGUUGUACUGUAUGGUAGUCAAAGGCGAUGAACAUCCAACGUGUCAACCAAUGCACGAAUCUAGUACAUGCUAUAAAGCCCAAAAACAGUUUGAUCAAAAGCGUGAGGAUGGAACUAUCGGACAUCUAAUGCAGAGACCUUCUUGUGAUGCCGAUGGAAAUUUUCAACCGGUCGUAUGCAUUCCGGGACAAACCUGUUACUGCAUUGAUGAAGACGGGAACCGGAUAUUCGGAGAAGCAGUCCACACCGCCAGCAUUCAAAUAUCAAUGAGAUGCGAAUGUUCUCGUUUGGCGGCCAAGGCCCAACGACUGCUAAAUUCGCGCUACCCAAUUUUCACUUCCCGUUGUGACUCCAAAGGAUCCUUCGAUCAGUUGCAGUGCGUGGAUGACAUUUGCACCUGCGUCGACAUGCACAGCGGCCAACCAUCAACGGACAGGAAAAAUAUCACUCGGGGAUUGGCGGGACUUCCCUGUUUCAGCAAACGGCUUCACGACAACACGACUUAUAUGCGGGAAUGUGAGCUGGUGAAGCUAUCACAACUGCAUGAUAUCCGCGAGUACGAAACGGCGGGAUUUAACGUUUUAGAAUUUAAUUCGGAUGUCUGUCAACCUGAUGGAUGGUAUAACAGGAUUCAGAUGAACGAUACGCACAAAUAUUGCGCCAAUAAAGACGGAAGUGUUAUUGAACCGUUCAUCGUGGAAAGAAGUUCCCUCAGUGCAUCACAAAUGAACUGCAAAUGCGCUAGAGCCAGAAAACUGCUGAUGGAAAAUAACAGCCUCGAAGUGCCGGAAUGCUGUCCCAAUGGAAAUUAUAAAUCAUUGGCGUGUCGAAGAGGGCAGUGCUACUGUGUAGACGAAGAUGGAAAUCAAACUGGAGUGGAGAAACCUGCCAAACAGAAAAAAGAGCUAGAUUGCUUCAAUGACAUUUGCGAAUUAUCACCUUAGUCAGAUGAAGAUGAUGAAUAUGAUAAUGAUCGUACCAUCGCAUAUCCGUAUAAAUAUGUGACAUCUCAAAAAAUCUUUCGCUAAUCAAUAUCAAAGUAUACAAUGACCAAGAGUAAGACUUUUUACUAUUGGGGUUUUUCAUUGAAAAACCCCGGGGCGGUGGAUUGCACUGGUGUUGCAUUUUCUAGCAGAAGAGCAGGCCACUAGACGUGUUUCAUUCCCACUU